GGCGGGGCCUGCAGGGGUAGCGCUGCGGCUGCUGCCGUCCCUCUGUCCUGGCGUUCCGUAACUCCUGGAGGCACAGCGGCCGGGACAGAAAACGCCUCGCAGCACGGCGCGCGCUUUGCCGUAUUUCUGCCACUCUCGCCAGCUAAGCUCAGCUUGCGCUGGCAGCUCCUGGUGACUUCUUGGUUGUAGCAGCUGCCAGCCGCGGCCGGUGCGCGGGCCUGGGUCUGUCCGACGAGCGACGAGACGGCUGCGCCUUCCUUCCCUCGGGAAGCGAGGCUCGGCCAGAGGGACUUCGCAAAAGGGGAGACGUCCCGUUGAGAAAAUGGUAUGCUGGAGCUCUGGGGCUACUGGAAAACACGUUUGGGUUCAGAUUGGCGCUCUGUGGACGGGCUCAGUGCAUCAAAGAGCCCUACAUCUACUUUUUAAGCAACGGCUAUUGCUGCUGAGCUCGGGGCCGUCUGCAUUUAUUCAAAUUCGGCAGUUAGUGCUGUAUGAGUAACGAUACCAUUCGUAUGAAGAAAAGAGGUGCACACCGAGGCCAUGGUUUCACAGAUUUCUGUUAAGUUUCAAGAGUGCAAAGUACCACGGGAUUAAAAACCAAACCCUGAACUUCCCAGAGUGCCUGAGAUGUUAAGCAAGCCAAGGCCAUGAGCAUGGAUAGAACGGGUGUCAAAGCGUUAUAGCUACACCUCCAAUACUGCACCCUGGAGAUGCUUUGGGGGGCAGUUCACACCACAGAACUGUAUUUCCUCUCAAAAUACUGAAGCAGUGCUGAAGAGAUUUCAGCUCCCCUUUUAGCCAUCAGCCAUACGAGUCCACGCUCUUUAACCCGAUCCAAAGUCCUUUACAGUAGCUUAAAUAGUUUUAUUACACGGUUCAUUCUAUUUAGUGGAUAUUAAAUUGCGCAAAGACCUUUUAAGCACCAGCUCAGGCCAUCCACAGCAGCCAGGAUUUAUUAUUUAAGUAAUGUGUCUAACAUGAUUAAUGGUAAAAAUGAUCACGCACAGCAAGCGAGAAUACGAAUGCGAUGACAGUCCUUCCCUGUGCAAACCAUCGUGUGCCCAAACAUCCCGAUGCUCCAUCCAAGGGCUUGGGCUACAAAGCUCUUGCAGUACACCCAAUCAUUAAGACCAACGGAGAGGUUCUUGCAGAGCCCAAGAGUUUCUAAAGAAAACCCAACGUGCCAGAAAUUUACCUGUAAUGUUGUUUUAUUCUCAUCGGGCAGAAAACAAAAAGCAGAGAUCCAACUCCCAGCACACAUUUUAUUCCUCAGAGCUCAGAAAAUACAAAGCUCUGGAAGAGAUCAGCACCUCUUCUGCUGUCUUCAGAAUGAGCCACACAAGCAACAAGACAGAGCAUGCAGAGGCCUCCUGCCACAAAUACACCCAGGAAACAGCCCAGGCCUCUGUCAGAGCUACUUAAAGGGAAUGGAAUUGUUAAAUUAACCUGAAGCAGAGCACCUAACAUUGUUAGUUCUGUGUAAAGAGAGAUUAUUUUCUCAUUAAAGUAUUAAUUCUCAGAAUUGGAGAGGAAGAUAAAAAAUAGAGCUACCUACGAUGGAGGUUUAGUCCUGCAGUGCUUACACACAAAAACCAAAAACCAUUCUUGUCUGAAUGAGUAAUCCCACCAAUUUUAGUCAGGCUACUGACAACUUCAGAAGUGAAGUUUUUGGAUCAGGACCAUUAUCUUUCUGUAACUAUUCCCUCCAUGGUGGAAUUAUUUUGUGAGAUCAGCUAUUCAAACUCUUAUCUUAUUCAAGCAUUACAGCAAAUAUCUUCCCUACAAACAAAAGGCUUUUUAGAGAUCAUGUUCAAACAGAAUUGAUGCCUGAUUUUGGGGAAGAGUCAGCAUCUUCCCUUUUUACUUGGAGCUAGGAGUGCAAUUAGCUUUUUUCUGACAUACCCUACACUGAGCCUCAGCAUUGAGGACGUAAUCUUCUAUCUGUCCUUAAGUGACGAUCUUGCAUCUGUCACCUUCACAGUUCUGCAUACCUUUAACUUUAUACAUUUACACUAUCAGUAUGUUUAUACCAGCUGCAUGUUACUUUCAUGAAGCCUUUUUUCACAUUUACUUCUUGCUUUAUGAGCCUUUGUGGCUCAGAUCAUGUUGCUAUAAAGGGGCACAAUUUAUUAUUAUUGUGUACUAUCUUUCCUUGAGACCGCAUUCCUCCUUUACCGAAGAUGAAUUGAACUGCUCUCCCACAAACUGUUAUUUCUCUUGCUUGCAUUUCUGCAGAAUAUGUCAGUUAGGCUCAGUACUUUGCAAAAUGAAUUGAUUUAUUCUCUCUAUACCUUUUUGAGGCAAUGGCAUUUUGCCAAUUUGCAGAUGGAAACCCGAUGCAUCUGGAAAAACAAAGGGCAAAAGUACCUCUUUAAUACAGUGCGGGGUACCAGAGAUGAAAUCUUUUGAAUGCUCAGUGUUUUGUAGCACUUGGUGUUAUCUGAAUACAGCUUCCACUGAUUUCAGCUGCAGUUGUGAUUAUUCAACAUUUCAACAGCAAGAUUCAAGAGAAAUUAGACUGAAAUAGAACAAUAGAAUGGUUUGCAUUGGAAGGGACCUCAGGUACCAUAAAUGCAACAUCAAACAAAUAUGAAAAGUUAGCUCAAGUAAGUUGAAGAAUGUCUAUUAAAUAUUCUGUUUCAUGAGUAGAAUUAGAAUCUGGUUAACAUAAGGCUCUUCAGUUCUACUUUUUUUUUUUUUCUUUUCUUGUAGUAUUCCACCACAUUCACUGUACACAUUUGAAAGUACAUAUGCAGAUAUAUAUGCAGUCACACAUGCACACGUAUGUGCCUCUGCGUGUGUUCUCGUGCCAAAUGAAAUAGGGCCAUAUACACAACAGCUGUCUUGGCUGCACAGCCUGUUUCAGCUCAAAGUUCAGAAUGCUCAAAAAAACCCCACAAUCAUGUCAUUGCAUCUUUCUCGUAAUGAAUAUGGGCCAAAGUGGAGUUUAAUUUUUUGGUUUUGAAUGAGUGAAUCUAUAAACUGGUCAUUUUCCUUUUCAUGGAGUUCUUUCCUUCUUAUUUAAAAGCCCCAUUAAUACUAAUGGAGAAAUGCCAAGGCCCACUAUUGCAACUGACCCCUCAAAAGCACUGCAAUCUUUCCCACUCUAUACUGUACGCUACUUUUUACAGUGAAAGAUCAUUAUCACAGCUGCCAUCAUCAGUGCCAGAAGUAAAGAAACUCUACCUGAAGGCUUUGUGUAUGUUUCUGCAGUAAUUAUACUGAGACUUAAGGAUGCAGAGAUCAGGCUCAAUCUCGAGGGAGGAGAGCAUUCUAGUAGAAACAGGUACAUCUCUUCUCGAGACUUUGAGGCCCUGGAGUGUGUCCAGGGUCUGUAGCAUAAGCCUUACGUGGAGGGGCUGAGGGAGCUGGGAUUGUUUAGUCUGGAGGAGGCUUGGGGGAGACCUUAUUGCCCUCCACAGCACCUGAAAGGAGGUUGUAGUGAGGUGGAGAAGGAGGUCAGCCUCUUCUCCCAGGUAACAGUGCUAGGUGUAACAUCAUGUUGUGCCAGAGGAGGUUCAGGUUGGAUAUUAGGAAAUAUUUAUCCUCCAAAAGAAUGGUAAGGCACGGGAACAGCCUGCUCAGGAAAGUGGUGGGAGGUGGAAAAGAAUCACUGCCCCUGGAUAUGUCUAAGAAAUUUAUAGAUGUAGCACUGGGGGAUGUGGAUUAACGGGCAAUAUUGGUAGUAGGUGGAUGGUUGGACUAGGUGACCUACAGAGGUCUUUUCUAACCUUAAUGAUUCUAUGGAACACGCCUUAUUUAACACAGGGUACCACUGCAUCACACCUCAUCACUCCAACCUAGAGCACCAGCACCUCAACUAGGACCCCCCACCACCUCAAGCUGAGACUCCUAGGGCUCCAUCACCUCACCCUAAGGCUCCAUUGCUUCAGCCUCGUUACCCCCACCUCCAUGCUGGAUACUGUCACCUCAGUACGGAGAAACAAACUCCACAGCCACAUUCAGAGCUCCCUUGCGCGGAACCAAGAACACAGGAAGCACUUCAGUAAGUAUGGACCAAUUUGAAGACACGUCAGAUGGUGAAGUGGAUCACACUUUCUAUGAGAGUGAUUUUGGAGAGGAGGAGAAGAAAACUGAAGAAAAUGGUGAAUAUAGAGAGAAAGAAAGUCCAAAGGUAGUUCUUUCAGACCCUGACUUGGUUGCUAGUUCAAAGGAUGCAAACUGUUGUGAGGAGGCAAAUGAAGAGAAGCACGCAGAUUUGCAGAAGAGUCCUUUCCUAGAAGAUAGCGCAGGCAAUCCUGGGGAUGCUUCAUCUUUUUCACUUUUUCCAGUUCAUGAGAAUGCAGGUACAUCUGGAGUAACGUCUGCAGCAAGCAGGAGAAUGCAGGAAAAUGUUCCUCCUGAAAGCCCUGAAAUAAAUUAUUAUACAGAUGAAGAAGAUAGUAGUGAUGAUGGCAGGAAACAGAAGAUUAGACCAGAGUCAGCUAAGCAGCCCUACAGUUUAGGAAGGGCUAACAGAACAUACAGUACUACCAGUUCCUCUUCCUCAUCCUUCAGCUCAGAUGCACAUUCUGAUAGUUCUUUAUCGGAUUCAUCGCAUUCUUCCUCCAGGAGAAAUGCUUGUAGCGUGGCUCUUCCACCUGCAAAACAAAGAUGUGCAUCAGCAAUAAAAUUACCAGAAGGAAAACCAGAUCUUGGAGACCAUGUGGAGGAAUCUGAAGAUGCAGAAUCCAAGUCUGAUUUCAGCAGCGAUGGCUUACAUGACGGUAUGGAUCUGAAUCAACAUUUGAAAGCUGCUCUACGGUUGGAGAAUGAAGAACAGCGCAAACGAACUGCAGGUCGUCCAUCUGGAAGAACAAGGGAAAGUUUUUCUGCCAACAGAGAAUCUCACUAUUGCUCUGAUUUGAAAGCUGCUCUGGAAUUGAGGGAUAAACGACAACAAAAGCUGGGCAUCGUUCAUCCAGUUAGAAGUACCAGGAAAAAUUAUUCUUUCACCAAUGAAGAAGUUAGACGAAUUGAUCAGGAGAACCACAGGCUGCUCCAAGAACUGGCCCGGCUGUGUGCGAUGCCAGGAAACAGAACCAACGUGCUGAAGAAGUCAGCUUCUCCAUCUCUUCAAGUGUACCACAGUGCCAUCAACAGGCAAAAGGAGCAGCAGAGAAUUGAGAAAGAAAACCUGGCUUUACUGAAGAGACUGACAGCAGUGAAACCAACACCUGGAAUGAAGCGUUCUGAACAACUGUGGGACUAUCAGCGCUAUGUGGGCUAUGGAAGUACUUCACCAGCUCCAAGAGAAGAAAGUUCUCUUUCCAGGCAGCGUGGUCUGUCUCGAGUCUCUUCAAGAGCGUACACUGCAUCAAGCACAGUGAGACAGAAGAAGGAAAAACCCAUGUCAGUUUCACCUGCUGUGGUGUCACAGAGACCUAAGUCCACUAAUGUUCCUGCUGCUUGUUUAAAGUGCAAGCAGCAUCCUUAAAUUUUAAUUCCUGGGAACUUCAGACUUGAGCAAGUUGGAAGAAUCAGGCAAGGCCAUUCUUCAUAUGGAGUUUAUAGGAUUUUCUCUGUACCAGAGCCUAUCUUCUGCCAGACUGUUUGCAGCAUUUACUGAAGAUCCUGAGGCAUCUCAGCUGUUACCCCUCACUCAGAUAAGCACUGACUAGCUAUGUUUGUCUUUUAUGGUGGAUAUUUUCCUAAUCGCCAGCUAAACACUUUCAGGACAAAUCCCUAUAAAAAGCUGGUAUUUUUCUUUCUAACAUGUCAACCAAUAAAAUUUCCUUGUGACUGCUUUUCCUUGUAUCCUCCCUCCAUCUGUGGUGUUUGCCUGCUCAAAGUUGUGAGCAAAACAGUGGAUGAACCUUGUCAUUUCCAUCUGAUGAAUGAGGAAACCAGAGCUGCAUCUGGAGCCAUCUUCCAGGACAGACCAUGGUUGAGAACAGCUUUGUAUUCUGUAUACCAGCAGGGAUUGCUAGUGCUUGUGAUGCAGGUCUGGUUUGUUUUCAGGCUGUUCUAUUCCUAAGUUCCUAGUUCUAUUCCUUGUUGAAGUAAGCAUUUCAGGUAAUACAUCUCCUGGUAAGUUUCCUCCUGGCCAAAGUGAGACAAGAUUUGCCAACAGUGAUCUUUGCAGCUGUGCUAUUUAAAGAUCACUUGCUUCUCACUACAGAGUCCUAAAAUGCCAUUCAUUAUUUUUGUUGCAAGCUCUGAUCACGUGCAAAAAUUGUGAUCUCCACUGGGUUAUAUGCAGUGAGAGCUUGGGACAAAAAUUCCAAUUCUCAGUUCCACCCACAUAGUACUACUUAAGACUAGAACAUACUAUUGAGAAUUUUUUUUCUUGUUUAAAGGGCCAGAAAGGGAAAAUGGGGUUGAGUAGGUCUCUUGGUUUUUAGGGUUUUUCUUCCACUGUGCCUCUUGGUAUGUCUUAAAUCUUCUGUUUUCUUUUGGUUUUUAAAAGAACUAGUGGCUGCUGUUCCUUCCAUAACAAGUCUGGAGCUGAGAAUACAGGUUUUCACCUGCAGAAAGGUAGGGAAGACUCUAACCAUGGACAUAAAUUCUUCCCCUCCCACUCUCUGCAGUAUGCUGUGUUCUUUAGAGAGCGAGGUUUACCCUUCAGAUCCACCCUGAAGGUCCUAACCUCCUCCUGAUCCAAAAGAUAAAUGUCUCAGUGCCCUCCCUCACUAGGUUGCUUUCUGGGCUGCAUAGUACAGCACAUGCAUGCUUGAUGGUGGGUGGGCUCUGUCUUUUUCUACUUCUAGAAUCCAUUACCAGGCUAUUCAAGAUAUUUCCCUCUGUUCAAGUAUGAGUUAUAAGGUAAUAGCGAUGAUUUCAGUGCAGGGUUCUGUUGAAUAACUUUGAGGUGCAGAUGGAUUGAAGUGGGACUAUCAGAGGGCUUAUUUCACUACAGUAGCAAAACUGCCUGCUUUCUAGCUUUGCAGAUAACUGAAUUUUAUGCUAAGGGAACAGUGCUGCUUUUAGGAGAAUGGUUAUUCAAUUGAUGGUUUUGAAUUCAUACACCAAGUAUCUUUGUGGAAAGUGCUGCCUGUUAAAUGCCAAUAAGCAUAUAGGCAAAAAUAAGGAGCUUUUUACCUGUAUUUUAUAAUGUAUUAUUUCACCCUACUGUCUCUUUGCCAGAGGAAUUUUCCUUCUUAAUAGCCUCUGCUCCCCUUUUGUUUUUUGCCUUUUUUUCUGCAAUGUUUCAGACUAUUUUCUUCUAGAAUUAAAUAAAAUUCAGAAUGUUUAUUCUUA